GUGUGUUGCAAAGAUUUCUAUAACCGUUAUUAAAAGUGUGUGGUACUUAGCUUACAUUCACGGCGUUGGCUGACCUUUUAGCGCGUGUUCCCUGUGCACGUGCGAUUGUGUAAUUAAAAUGCUCACCUCCCUGUUGACAAUAGUCACAGCUGACGUACCGGAUGUGAGUAUAUAAGCAGUAUCACUAGAGGGGACCAAUAUGGAGAAAGGGGAAGCAAUAACAGCUUUAAAACAACGCAUGACAGUGGCUACCCCUCUUCCUGACGAACCAAAUUUCGCUACAUCAGACGAGACUGUGGUGCGGUUCCUCAAGGCCAAUGACUGGAAGUACAAGGACGCCGAGAAGGCCCUGCUCAACACACUCGAGUACAGACGUCAAGUGAGGCCAUUGACCACAGACUGUCAGUUUUGUCACGAACGGCCUGGCUUUCAUUCUAUGCGUCAGGUAGGAUUUGACGAGUCUGGCAGACCAGUGAUGUAUUCCAGCUUCGCCCAAGCUUCUAUCCACAAGAACUCUGUCGAUGACGUCAUGGCCCAUUUGACCUACCUGAUUGAGAAUGCCAAGGCCACCAUGGACAAUGGCGUCACAACUUGGGUCUUCGUCAUCGACUGCACAUGGAUGACGUUCGGAGCCUGCAACCCCAAGCUGGGCUACACCGUGUCCAACAUACUGGGUAGCCACUACCCCGAGAGACUGGGGCUGGUCAUCUGUGUCAACAUCAACCCGGUCUUCCACGGAGUUUGGAAAGCUUUAAAGAAGUUGAUCUCGCCGGGGACUGUAUCCAAGGUCAAACUGGUCAGGUCAGAGGCCAAAGUUCGUCAAGUUUUCUCUACCUAUUUUUCUGAAGAGCUCUCCGACUGGUUGCUGGAGGAGCUGGCACUAAACCGCAAGAAGCCCUUACCCCGGGGUCAGAUGGAGUUCUGGAACCCGCCUCAGCCUCCCGUGACCCAUGACCCCCGCGGGUCACCAGCGUACAUAAGACAGUGCAUUCACUCAUUCAAUCGGGAUUUUCUAAAGUUCGUCCCCGGGCAGAAGAAAAGUCACUGCCCUCAUCCGAACAUUAUCGACGCCCUAGGGGCAGAGGUCACGGCCGUGGUACUGACCCCGCAGGAGGAAGCCGAACUAGCCCAGGCCAUAGACGAGGUCAAGCUGAGCGGGGAGGUAGCUGAUGAGGAGCUGUCUGACGUGGACGUUGAUGACGUGCCGGAUCACGUGACCACGCCGAAACCAGAGGAGCCUCGCGAUAAAGCCCACAGCGAGGGGCCGAGCGAGGAGAGCGGGAAGACAAAAAGCAGGUUGAAGAAAUGGAUUCUAAGGUAGUUCCAGUGUAAUCGUCUAGAUGUUUAAAAGACUUGACACAAUCUUCUGCUGUAAUCGAUACCUUUGACGGGCUUCCUACCCGCGUGAUUCAUACUGUGAUUCCGGUAACACUAAUUAAUUAGCAUAAGAGUAAGGCCAUGUUGUUCUAUUGUUUGAAAUUACUUUAGUCGUAAUAAAUAUAUUUAUGUGUAAUAGUUA